AUGUGGAUCCUCCCAUUGAUUGGUUAUUUGGGUGUGAUUUUGGGGUUUGCUUUCCUAACACUAGCUAUCGCAUCGGGACUCUACUAUCUAUCGGAAAUAGUUGAAGAACACACCGUGAUCGCCCGCCGAAUAUUAACGAGACUUAUAUAUGGCAUCAUCAUAGUGCAGGUUCUCCUCUGGUUGUUCGACAGCUUCCCAUUCACACUGUCGCUUCUCAGCGCCGUAUCGCACCUCGUCUACGCGAGCAACCUCCGCCGCUUCCCCAUUGUCAAGCUAUCCGACCCCUUAUUCAUCACCUCCUGCAUUCUUGUAUGCAUCAACCACUGGGUCUGGUUCCGCUACUUUUCGCGACCUACUCCACCGGCGCAGGGCGCCAGCGCAUGGCGCCGUCCUUACACGCCUGAUUACGACAACAUGCCUACUUUUACCGAGGUCGCUUCGUAUUUCGGCUUGUGUGUCUGGUUGGUCCCGUUUGCGUUGUUUGUGAGCUUGAGUGCCGGCGAUAAUGUUCUGCCGACGAUGGGCUCAGAGUACGCCACGGGCGGCGGCCAAGAUGCUCUUUCUUCUGCGUCAGUCAAGGGCAAGAGUAAGAAUAUCGGGUUGGCAAAGGCUCUGGUGGACAAUAUUCGGGACUGGGCUUCGGAGACGGGCGAGCUCAUGGGAUUUUACCAGGGAGAGCGAACACGCGGGUUCUGA